CCGCAAAGGCCGCUAAACUCCGAUUCAAAGCACAUCAAGCAGUCUAGUGCGGAGCGUCGAAUCGAAACCACGUAUUUGCACUCGUUUUUAAUUCCGGGGAAGAAGACACGAAGUUUAAGCAGUGUUCAUUAAAAGUGUAUUGUGUAUUUUAGUGCGCGACGCUUUUACAAAUGGAAACAGCGUUGCGGUAAAUAUUGACACAAUAGCUCAACGGGUUUGACAGAUUAGUGGCGACGACUACCCGGAGAUAGUGUUUGCAGCCUUUAAAUAACUGCAGCGAGAGCAGAACGAUAGCGAAGCAGUGCGAAGACUGAUAGCCAAUAUCUGAAAGCAAUACAUGUCGAAGACCCAUGGACGUCGGUCAUCGGCGCGAGCCUUGUUCAAAUGAGCGGAGGCCGACAGGAGCGGUGAUGGCAUGGACUGGGUAACGGGCAAUGAGAGCGCGGCCGUCGGCAAUUCGACGGAGCCGAUUCCGCCUGAUCUCUACAAUUACUGGGCGUGGAGCAUCGUGGACGGGGCGCUCAUGGUGCUCAUCAUCAGUGGCAACACCCUCACCAUCUUGGCCGUCACCACGAGCCGUCGCCUGUCGUCGCUCGUCUCUAACCAGUUCGUGCUGAACCUUGCCGUCUCGGACCUCAUGGUGGGCCUCACGCUCCCCUACCACCUCGUCUUUUAUCUCAACGACGACUUCGGCAAGAUCAAGUGGUCCUGCCUGAUGCGCUUCAUCCUGAUAAUACUCGCAUGCCUCGCUUCCAUUUACAACAUCAUAGCUAUCGCCGUGGACAGGUACAUAGCCAUAGUGCACCCGUUGCAUUAUAGCCGUUACAUGACCAAGGCUGUGACGCGCCUGCUCAUGAGCACGACAUGGUCCGUGGCGGUAUGCAUCAGCUGCGUGCCCGUCUUCUGGAACGACUGGGCAGACGGCGUUGCGUGCGAAAUGAACGUGGUGGUGCCGAAAACGUACACGACGAGUAUCCUGACGCCAAUGUUCUCGCUAAUUUGGAUUGCGAUGUUCGUGCUGUACUGGCGAAUCUGGCGCGAGGCCGCCUGCCACGCGCGUCGCCUGCGCGCGAACGCGUGUUGUCCCGGUGCCGCCAACGACUGGAAGAGCAUACAGGUCGUGCUGCUCGUGUUGGGAUCGUUCUCCGUGUGCUGGAUGCCGUUCGUGGUCGUAGCCUGCGCGCAGACGCUGCCGGCGGUGCGUCAGCACAGCCCGAUCGCGUACCGGCUAACCUCUUCACUGGCAAUGUCGAACUCGGGUGUGAAUCCUCUCAUUUACGCGUGGAAGAACGCGGGCUUCAGGACGGCCUUCGCCAGGCUGCUAAGGUGCAGACGGCCCGACGCAUCAGAGUACAGAGGGUCACCGGCGGCCGAAAGGAAGAGGGGCUCGGUGGCGCUUCGCGAAGGCUCCGUUAACGUUUCGACGCCGCCGGCGACUCGAGCUGGCCGAAGGGCGCGCCUGCUGCUGCCGGUCGGAGACGCCGUCGCGACCCGUUGCCGCGUCAUCGAGAACGCGGGCUACGAGGACGGCGAGGGCUGCGAGCCCGCACCCGUGCACGGGCCCGCGGACCUCUAAUGCUCGAGUGAGGAACAAAGUGGGAAACGUGAAACGCUUCUAGCUCAUAGUGCGAUCGGUCGCGCUAGGUGCCGACCCGUUAUUUGAGCUCAAUUUGCAAAAUUUAAUAGAUUUUCGUCUAGAUUAAUGAAUCG